CGGACGACGGGAGGAGUGUGGCGGGGGGAAAGAGCCGCGGCCCUUUUAACGGACUCUAUGGCGGCAGCGGUGGCGCCGCGGCGGCCUUGGCUUCUGCUUUGAUCCCGGUAGCAAAGCAAGAAUGGAGACUUUAGAAGAAGAAAAUUUUGGCGUAUCCAUCUCAUCGCCCUCUGAUGCGGAAUUCGAUGCUAUUGUAGGAUAUUUGGAAGAUAUUGUAAUGGACGAUGACUUCCAGCUAAUACAAAGAAACUUCAUGGAUAAAUACUACCGAGAGUUCGACGACACAGAGGAGAAUAAACUGGUCUAUACACCUAUCUUUAAUGAAUAUAUCUGCUUAGUUGAAAAAUACAUCGAAGCGAAACUCUUGGACAGGAUUCCUGGUUUCAACAUGUCCGCCUUCACCUUGUCUUUACAGCAGCACAAGGAUGAAAUAGCAGGAGACAUUUUUGAUAUGCUUCUCACAUUCACUGACUUUCUGGCAUUUAAAGAGAUGUUCCUGGAUUACAGAGCUGAGAAAGAAGGACGAGGCCUGGACCUCAGUGCCGGGUUGGUGGUCACCCCUUUAAGCAAGCCCUCCAGGUCACCCCCCCAGAACAGCCUGUGGCAUUAGUGUUUGGCUCCAGAGGAGGCCUGUUGGGGUGCCUCCAAUAGGAAAGAGAGGAAUGAGGGAACUCAGCAAGCCUGAUCUUCUCUUCGGCUCCUUCUAUGGAUGGUUCCACCACCACCACCGCCACUAUCAUCUCUCCAUCAGAGCACUGGGACUCCUGCGAUUCCCACCCAACCGGAUUUUACAUUGCGGAGAUCAACGCGCAAUCGUUUCUCUGAGGACAUCCUAAGCUCCUUUCUUUCUUUUUUUUGGUGGGACAAUGGUCAUGGAAGACUAGUGUCGGGCGUGAGGGGGCCGUCUCUAUAGCCCCCCCUGGCCUCGAGUUUCACAACCACAGGACCUCUGGCAAAUUGUCUUUGUGUGCGGCUGUGAAUGUGUGCGGCUGUGAACACGUUGACUUAACACAGGGGUCUCCAACCUUGGCAGCUUUAAGACUUGUGGACUUCAACUCCCAGAAUUCCUCUUUGCUGGCUGAAGAAUUCUGGGAGUUGAAGUCCACAAGUCUUAAAAGUUGCCAAGGUUGGAGACCCCUGGUUUAACAGGUAAUACGCAUUUGAGUGCUUUCUGUCAGUGUUCGAUGCGAUUUUUUAAAAAAAUAUAUGUAGCAUGAAAAUGUUCUCUACGGAUGGUGAACUUGAGUCCUUCUCCAGUCAACAGGCUUUUUCUCACCACUUUGUAGGGCUUUCACCCCUUUUACCUCAAGAGGGUCGUGAUAUUUUUCGAAACGUACAUUUCAUCUUUUCUAGGGAAACUACCACGCAGUGUCCAUGCUAUGACUUGUAGCUCGUAACAUAAGGAUAUAGCCAUGUCCUACAAUGAACCUAGCUAUUAGGACUUCUUGAGAACGUUUCUCGUUCCUUCAGUCAAAUUCUUGUCCGCAAAGCCACGCCGCCCUCCGUAUUGAGCCAAAUGAAGUGCCAGUGAUGUGCAUUGUCCACUCAUAGCUAGCUCCUCAUCCACGUUCUCUUUGACCCCUGCCUAAGUUUGUCUUCCACCUGCUGGGAAGAAUGGAGCAGUUAUAGCCAUCUUGAGUGCCAUUAAGGAGGAGGACCAGCCAUGAUCAGUAGACAGAUGUUCUUUACGCUCUCCCUUGCCAGGGGCCCGGGUAUAUUCACCUGCGGCUCCUCGAUGGGGCCUGAGAUGUUUUCUAGGUGCCCCUUGGGGGUAGGGAAGAUCAUCUUCCAUACAGAAACAGGGACCCCCUUGCAGACAAUGUUUUAAGACUGGAGAGAGUAAAGAGAACGUAGUGUUUCUAAAUAAGCAAUUACAAUAUUUACAGUUACUGCAGUGUUUUCCUUGUAAAUUUCUUUUCUGUAACAUCCUCGGCUUCUCAUUGGAAGUUGGUCUCCAACUUCCAGCAUUUUUGAGAUCUUUAUUCCGGAAGCCCGUUCUGCUUGGCGAAAGAAAUUUAUUCUUAAUUUUUCAGCCAAGAGCAUUUAUUCUUUCAGAUUCCCGCUCACGAAGUGUAAAAAGUAGUGGGCAUUGUUACCAAGAUUGAAUUGUGCAGGUGAUGCGUUAUCAGACAGGCCUAGUCAAGCACGCUGGAAAUUAUCGAUCAGUAUUUACCUUGGCACUGUUGCCAUUUUUUUUUCAAAAGCCCAGUCUCUCCAUCAGUAACAAUCGGUACUUGGCUAGCAAGGAUAAGACUGCAGGAUCCUAUGCAGAAUUUCUCUUUUUUUCAUUUUGUCAUAAUUGCCAAUUUUAAUUGCGAAGGCACUAAGUUUCGGCAUCCCAGAGCUGCAUUGAGAAGAAAAAUAUUUGUUUUCCCUAGUUGAAAUGGCAUUUCAGGUAUAUUAGAUCAGGGGUCUCCAACCUUGGCAACUUUAAGCCUGGAGGACUUCAACUCCCAGAAUUCCCCAGCCAGCUUUGCUCCAGGCUUAAAGUUGCCAAGGUUGGAGAUCCCUGGCUUAGAUACCUGGAUAACAGAUGGGCUAGGAUAAGAAGGAAUUAGAAGUCAAGACAGCCAGGGACGCCAAGUCAGAAAGGCUGAGUUAAGUGUGCCGGAUUCACAGCGCUACCUGUGUUUUUUUGAAGCUACUCCCUGUAGUACGCAAUAGGCUUGGGAAGUCCUUGGAGCAUUGCAUAGAAAACGUUACGGAGGUAACAUCUAGGAAACCUCUGCCUCUCAAGAGUCUCCUGGCAGCAGCCCCCAUCGUGGUACGCGAACACCUCUCUUGUAUUUCGCUUGCUUCGUGCUAAUAAUAAAAUCUGCAUGCUUGGUAAAAAGAUA